UCCGUACCGCUGAACCCCCGAUCAUGCCGCUCGGACUGGGGCGCAGGAAGAAGGCGUCUCCGCUGGUGGAAAACGAGGAAGCCGAGCCGAUCCGUGCUGGGCUCAACGUCGACGGACUGGACAUCGGGCGGGUCGGAAUCGCCGAAGGCGUGACGCAGGAAGGGCUUCCUCCUCCGCCCACUAACCUGCGACCUCGUCUCAUUUUCCACACGCAGCUGGCGCACGGGAGCCCCACGGGCCGCAUCGAGGGAUUCAGCAACGUCCGCGAGCUCUACGCAAAGAUCGGGGAAGCCUUCGCGAUCCCGCCGGCAGAGGUUAUGUUUUGCACACUGAACACCCACAAAGUGGACAUGGACAAGCUGCUGGGUGGCCAAAUCGGGCUGGAGGACUUUAUCUUCGCUCACGUGAAGGGCCAGAGGAAAGAAGUGGAGGUGUUCAAAGGCGAGGACGCGCUGGGGCUCACUAUCACCGACAAUGGAGCCGGCUACGCGUUUAUUAAGAGAAUACGAGAGGGAAGCGUCAUUCAUCAGAUCCAAAUCAUCAACGUGGGAGACAUGAUCGAGUCCAUCAACGGCCAGACGCUGCUCGGGUGCAGACACUACGAGGUGGCGAAGAUGCUCAAGGAAUUACCGAAGGGAAAGAACUUCGUCCUGAAGCUGGUGGAACCGCUGAAGGCCUUUGAUAUGAUCAGUCAGAGAUCAGGGGCCAGAGCAGGGUCUGGGGUACAGGUGGGUACAGGCAGAGGGACGCUACGACUGAGAUCUAAAGGACCGGCAACAGUGGAGGAACUGCCCUCAGCGUUUGAAGAAAAGGCCAUUGGGAAGGUCGAUGAUCUGCUGGAGAACUACAUGGGCAUACGGGACAGUGAGCUUGCUGCCACCAUGGUGGAGUUGGGCAAAGACAAAAAGAACCCAGACGAGUUUGCAGAGGCUCUGGACGAGACGCUCGGCGACUUCGCUUUCCCAGACGAGUUCGUGUUCGACGUCUGGGGAGCCAUCGGAGACGCCAAGGUGGGUCGGAUCUGAGUCUCCGCACGCCCACGUGAACCGGACUGAAAGGGAGGUGUUUAAGGGAGGUGGUGCGGACACCCAGGACAUCCAGGACUCUUCUAGUACAAACUUACACUAUAGAGUGAGUUUUACACAGAAAAAAAAACCCUCAGCCAUCUUCAUGCUCUCGGAUUCAAUCUUAUUAAUGAAACCUAACGAGGUGCAUCGCUCGGACCCCGUUAACGCACCCCACAGGAAAUCACACUAGAGUUUAAAACACUAACGUGGCAUAUGAAUGUUGGAAAAAAAAAGGCUGCACGUUGCACGUGUCAAGCGCUCUCUCUCUCUCUCUCUCUCUCUCUCUCUCUCUCUCUCUCUUUUCUUUCCUCUUGCUUUCCCUCACUCUCCCUUUCUCUUUUUUUUUUUUUUUUACUCUCUUGACUUUGACUCUUUAUUAAACUGUGACGUUCACUUUGCACUGUUACACUGUAUGAACUGCACUGCCGUGUUCACACACACACACACACACACACACACACACACACACACCCUUACGCAUGUGUAGUGCAGUUCUGGACCACUUUAAGGGAUUAUGUGAUGUAACACUACAGCGACCCCCUUAAAGCACAUUUAUCAUGUUUUUUAUAUUGUUAAUGCUUCUCCUUUAUAUGAACACACACACACACGAUUUUUGCGAUUCUUUUCAAAACCAUCUGAAAUUGUGUCCAGUCACAUUUCACACUUGUUUUAUAAUUUCUCUUCCUGACUCCACGUCCUGCCUGUACGAUGGAUGGCGUCUCUAGACAAGACAUCCGACUGCUUCCAAACACACACACAACAAUCGUUGGCUUUUUUCACCUCGUAAGUGUAGAAAUACUGUAAACUUUUCAAAUGGUGAAUAUUUAUGGCUGAAUUUUUUCGAAUUUAAUUUCACAGUAGGACAGAUAUCUCCAUGUUCUGAGCUGAAGGAGUUGGUAUGGAGUUUGGAAGUUCUAAGAGUCUGGUUUUAUUGUUCUGUGAUCUCAAUUUUAUGAUCGGGACUCCAAUUUUCUCACAAUCUCAUCGAAAAGAACAAAAAAAUUUCUCACAGAGUGAUUGUAUCAUGAGAAAAUCCGGCUCCAUGAAGAUCUGUUUACAUGGGUUGGAGUGACAGAUCUACUGCUAUAGAGCUCCAAAUCCUAUUGAACAUGUUUGGAAUGGAUGUGAACCCUGACUGCACUCCAGACCUCCUCAC